UCUCUCUCUCUCUCCCUCCCUCUCUCCAUCCUCUCCCUCCCUUCCAUCUGUUGUUUGCACGGGCACCUACAUCUACCCACGAAAUAUGUCUGCUCCGGCGGCUAAGAAGCGCGGCCUCUCCUCGCAGGCUGGCGCCUCACCCGCGGCCAAGCGCCAGGCCAUUGCUGGCGCCGGCGCAACCAAGCCCAAGCGCCUGUCGCCCGAGGAUUUCGUCGCCCUCUCAAAGGAGAUCCAGGAGAUCGUGUCCGCUGUGCGCCAGGACAAGCGCGAGCUCAACCGCCUUGUUCGGCUGGAGGGGCUUUGCAAGCACAACAACUCUCGCGUGGCGCACGCAGCCAUCGAGGCCUCCGUGGGCUUCUUCUCGCAGUUCAUCGGGACUCUGCACCGGGAGAGCAGCACCCUGGCGCUGGCCUCCAGCCGCGAGAAGAAGGCUGACACCACCAAUGCCAAGGACAACCAGCUGCACGAUGCGGCCAACCGAGUUCUGUCUUGGACCCGGGACCGGUACCAGGUGUAUGUCAACCUCCUGGUGGCCCAGUGUGCCGGGGGCGCCGAGGCUGACAUCCUGUGCUGCCUGCCGGUGCUGAUGCAGCUCCUGUCGAUCGAAACGCAGGCGGCCUCCGAGAAGGCCAGCGCGUCGAUUGCCCAAGCCGAGGCGGCAAAGUCCGGCGGCACCAAGUCCAAGACCCAGCUCGCGUCGUCGGGGGUGUUUGUUUUCUCCGGCGACCUCUUGGAUCAGGCCAUGGAGGCUGUCCUCUCGCACACUUCCGGCCAGCCGAUGGCAGAGGCUGUCACCAAGAUGCUGGUUGAGCGGUACCUGGCGUACCCGGACCUGCGCUACUUCAUGCUUCGGUCGUUGCGUCGCCUGAUCAACCGUCGGCUCGAGUCUGCCGGUCCGGCUCACGAUGUGGACAAUGUCACCUUCGCGGCGAAUGUCCUGGAGCUCAUGCUGCGUGUGCCGAUCCCCUCUAAGGAUGGCGAUCUGAUGUACUUCUCCGAGUCGAUUGACAAGUCCACCCGCGAGAAGGUCAAGAAGGACCUGCGCAGCGUUUAUUCGCUUGCUUGGUUCGCCACAGUUCGGCUGCCGCAUUCGCCGCCCGACCUGCGCCGAAUGCUUGGAGCCCUGCCGCGUCAGGUGUACCCCCAUCUGACGGGGCUUACGCCGCUGGUGGACUUCCUGACUGAGCUCUUCACCAAGACCAGCUCGCGCACCGACACGACCAAUGCCUCCGGCGUGCUGGCCCUCCUGAGUCUGGACAGUAUCUACAUCCUCAUGCUCAAGCACAACAUCGAGUAUCCGGACUUCUACAACCGCCUGUACUCUCUGUGUGAUGACCGCCUGCCGCGGUUGAAGUACCGCGCGCGCUUCCUGACCCUGACGGAUCUGUACCUGCAGUCUCCACUCCUGCCCGGCUACAUUGUGGCCGGUUUCAUCAAGCGCUUCGCCCGUCUGGCUCUGACUGCCCCCCCGUCGACGGCCAUUGCUCUGCUGGUGUUCGUGUAUAACCUUCUCAAGCGGCAUCCCUCAUGCAUGGUGCUUCUCCACCGCCCAUCGAGCACCAGCAACCCCGGCGAGGAUGUCUACAACACCGAGGAGCCGGCCCUGGACAAGUGCCGUGCCAUUGACUCGUCCCUCUGGGAGUUGCAUGCCAUGCGGUCGCACUACUCGCCGACCGUGUCGAACUUUGUCAAGAAUUUCAUGGAGCCUCUGCGCCGGUCGUCGCUGGAUCUGGCCCAGAACCUGGAGAGCACUUAUGAGAGCCUCUUUGAGGCGGAGUUCCGCCGCAAGAAGGCCGAUCAGGUGCCGGUCACCUUCGAGCGGGGUGUUGGCCUCCUACCGAAGACCGGGCUGCUUACGCUGUCUUUCUUCCAGGAGACUGACGUCGCGGCGCCGGCCUUUGCGGCGGUUGCCGCGACCGAAGUGUCGGCCCUGAUUCAGUCUUCGAUUGAGGCCACCGACAAGGAGGCCCUCGAGGCGGCCGAGCGUGCCAUCCAGGAGGGCAAUGUUUCGGACUUGACUGACAGCGAGGAGCACGCCGGCGAUGCAGCGGGCUCGGACUCGGACUCCGAGCUGGAUGAGGUCACCCUUCGUGGCCUGGCGCCGACGCUGGAGGUUAGCUCCGACGAGGGGGCCGCCUCGGACAGCGAUUGAUCUGCCUGCCCAUCCGCUCGCUACCCCUGCGUUACCCGUCGUCCCCCCCUCCACCCCUUCCUUCCCCGUUCCCCCCAUGGAUUGAUGAAGAUUUGUCCUUCGCUUUGUUCGCACUUCCAUGAUAUUUUAAGCAGGAGCUAUACACACACACAAAUAUUCAUGUGCACCCCCCUCCUCCUGCUGUAGACGCCCUCCUCCUCCUCCUCUUCCCUCCUUUCCAUGUUCCAUGUUCUUGUCAACCAUGCGUGUGCACACAUACUCUCCCAUAAACCGCUGAAAGUCGA